UCUGUUCCCAUUGGAAACAACAGACGGUGGUCUAUCUUCAUUUAGUUAUACAAUCUUUGAUUAUACAUUCAUUCAGACGUCACAUCCAGCAAGUAGAGAAGGCGGGGGAAAUGUGGUUUUGGAGAAAGAGAUGGCAGAAGCUGAUGUGGAUCUUGAAUCAAGGAGUAACGUACAGUGCUGAGAAUGUUCCUUAUCUUGUAGCACUAUGGGUUAUUAAUGAGGAGAAGCGGAUCGGAUUACCAAUCUUGAAGAACCCAUUUGAGAUAUCCAAAUUGGUGGAGAAAGUGCUGGACAUCUUCCUUUCCUUCUCCUCCCUACGCCUCCUGGCCCCUCCCAUCCGGCUGGUCUCUGCUGCCAUGUGGAAGGUGAUGAAGCAACGCGAUGUGAUGCAUUAUGGGACGCUGGAGGAGUUUGUGACAUCCUGCUGUGAGACUGUCCCUGGCCUGCUCACAUCUAGACACCAGGCCAAGCUGGCUCUGGGGCUGAGAUCACGGCUGAUAUUAGAGCUGUGCAAUGGCUCAGACCCACCAGAUCCAGCGGUUAUCCUUACCCAGCUGGAAAGGAUCCGUGCCCCCAACCCGUCCUCUGCCCUGAAAAAGGAUGUGAAGAUUGAAACAGCAGUGACCAACCUCCGGGACCUGGUUGAAAGCUUUCUGAAAGACCCCACAGAGAGAGAACUAUUCUACAAGGUGGAGUUUCCGUCAGAGUAUGGGCCUCAGUUUGACCAGGAGCUGGAGAAACUGCUGUGGGAGUUCCUGCUCCGACUGGACCAGCUUCUCCCAGUGCCCAACCUGGCUCAGACGGUGUCGUGGCUCACUGCUGCCCCUCCUGUCCUGGAGGAGUGUGCGCAGGCUGCCUCCCAACCCCAGCUCCUGAGGACCCUGCUCCAGCACCAGAUCUGCCUGGGACACCUGGAUUCUGCAGCUUCUCUCUCUCCGUGUAUGGGUGACUACCUCCUCUCAUCACUCUCUCUCCCUCCCUCUGGAAGAGUGCAGCAAAGCGUCAAAUCAAGAUCUAAGCCUGCCUUGGUUUCCACCCCAAGUCCUCUGUCUUUAACCCCAUUAACCGAUUACAGACAAACAAACUUGUCAUUGCCCGUCGCACCUGUGAUUGGCGGGAUUUGCAACGAAGACCUUCCAGUCAUGGCUUCAGCCAAUAAGAGGGCAAGAACUUUCCAGGAAGACGUUGUUAUCCAAUCGGUUUCAAGAGAUGUGGAGGAGGACGCUGAGUCAACGGAGAGGUCCAAAUAUACAUGCGUCAAAAGCAGAGAAGAGGAAUCCGGAGAGGACGAGGAGAUCAUGGUCAUGAGAAGAGGGAGGAAGAGGAGGAGUGUGAGAGACAGAGGGAGUGAAAGAGUGCUCAGGAGAGGGUGUGGGGGGGAGUUUGUUAGAGAUGGAGAGGAGGAUAUGACGAGCAGUAGAGAUGGAGAGACUGAGAGAGACCUUCUUAGGGACUGUUUGGUCCAGUUGGGGAUCGCAAACCUCAAGGUUCCGGAAGACCAUCGCCUCUAUUCUUACAUCACAGCCUGUCUGCUCAACAAACCCAGGGUGCUCAUCCCCCGACUGACUUCAACAGACAUCCCUGCUCUUUUGAAGUCACAACCUCCUUCCUGCAGCAACGGGACACCAACAGCAGGGGAAGGGAGCUCUCUAUGGGGACAGAGGCCCAAGUUGCCGGCGAUAACGGCAUGUCGGCUUCCUUCGACCUGGCAACGGAAGUUGAGUGACAGGUCAUUGACCCUAGAUAUGGGGCUUCCAGCAUCAGCUGACAAAGAAUGCUGCUUUGGGAGAAAUCAAUAGGCGAAUAUCACAGCCAAUCACAACACUGGCGGGUAAGUAGUACUGAGAAACACUGUCAUUCCACUAUUACUGCAGAUAUAUUAUGGACUCCAAAAUAUACAUUUAUUGUGAAGUACCAUGAACAUUGCCAAAACGCAACACUAUGAUCUCUUCUCAAUUUAGUUAUUUUAACUACCAGUUAAUCCAAUAUCAGAAACUGCAAGACACAUGUUUCAAAAUUGACCUUUGAAUGUAAUAUGCUACAAAUGUGAUUGAAGACAUCUUUCACGACCGUUUAUGAAAAAUAACGGAUGUAUUGUUCAGAUCUCAUUACAACAUAGGUGUACAACAGUGCUAGUGUCAACAAAAUGCAUGUUGUGCUUUACUGGCUUAAAGUAGAGGAGCGAUUUUCUGCACCGUUUCUCAUUUUCUUAGAAAUAUUAAUGUGUUGAACUCCAAACUGUCUAUUCAAUCAACUAACAUACAGCUCUGACAAACAUUUCAUAUUCCACAAGACAUUCAACCAGAGCUCUCUUCACUGUCCCUAAAGUCAAAACGAACUCAAAGCAAUGCCCAGUAGUACUGUAUAUAGAGCCAUGAUAGCAUGGAACUCCCUGCCAUCUCUAAUCACUCAAGCAAGCUGCAAAAUUAGCUUUAAAAAAAUGAAUAAAACUGCACACUGCCUCUGACCUAUAGCUGGUAGCAUCUCCCUUCCGAGCACCUCUGGUGCUGGGGUAAAGAUAAGAUGUGUCCUUGGCAUUAGGAUAUCGGGACCUGCUUAGAGAAAGCAAUGGUAAAGCAAAGCCUCAGUAGAGUAAGGACUGCAGUUUCCUCUAUUGCCGCAGGGUCGGUAUAGGGACCUGUUCUGUUUACUCUUUUAUAUAAAUAAUAUUGGUCUAUGUGUUAAAUCCUGUCAUAUUCUUCUGAAUGCAGACGAUACGGUUAUGUAUGCCAUUGCACUGACUUGUAUCAAGCUAUGAUAGAGCUGCAUUCUGAUUUGGUUGCAUUACAGAAAGCCCUUGUUGAUUUAAAACUUGGAGUGAUACAUUUCUGAUGGUCUACAUAUUCACUCUUUGGAUGGCUCGUAUCAUCAAGUGGGUUCCCGCCUAUAAAUAUCUGAGCGUCUGGAUUGAUAAAUAUCUGAGCGUCUGGAUUGAUAAAUAUCUGAGCGUCUGGAUUGAUAAAUAUCUGAGCGUCUGGAUUGAUAAAUAUCUGAGCGUCUGGAUUGAUAAAUAUCUGAGCGUCUGGAUUGAUAAAUAUCUGAGCGUCUGGAUUGAUAAAUAUCUGAGCGUCUGGAUUGAUAAAUAUCUGAGCGUCUGGAUUGAUAAAUAUCUGAGCGUCUGGAUUGAUAAAUAUCUGAGCGUCUGGAUUGAUAAAUAUAUUAACGUUUAAAAAUACAUUUUUAAAAAAACGUACAGAUGCGCUACACAAAGAGCUAAGAUUUAAAGCUAAGAUUUUUCUUACGCUGUACCUCAGAUAACCCUUCAUGGGCUGUACGCUGUACCUCAUAACCCUUCAUGGGCGGUAGACUUUACCUCAGAUAACCCUUCAUGGGUGGUACACUGUACCUCGGAUAACCCUUCAUGGGUGGUACACUGUACCUCGGAUAACCCUUCAUGGGUGGUGGGUGGUACACUGUACCUCGGAUAACCCUUCAUGGGUGGUAGACUGUAACACUGUACCUCAGAUAACCCUUCAUGGGCGGUAGACUGUAACACUGUACCUCAACCCUUCAUGGGCGGUACGCUGUACCUCAGAUAACCCUUCAUGGGCGGUACGCUGUACCUCAGAUAACCCUUCAUGGGCGGUACGCUGUACCUCAGAUAACCCUUCAUGGGCGGUAGACUGUAACAAGCCUCAAGGAAUGUAGCUCAUUCUGAGCAGGGGUGACGGAAGCGAAGUGAAGCCUGUAUGUCUGUUUAGUUCAUUUUAUUUUCUGGGGUGAAGGACAAUAGGUGGAGCCCUGUAUGAACUGACAUAAGUGUAACUGUCUUGGAAUGUUUAAUUUUACCUAAUGGUAACUAACAAAAGGCCUACAAGUUUAAGAGAUUACAUGUUACCGUAAGAAACCCAUUGCGGGUGGUAACUGUAAAAAGUCUAUACUUUACCCCAGGAUACCAAUUACAAGAGGUGCUAUAGAAACAAGGUAGCUUUAUUUUAGCAAAAAGUAUCAGCCUAUUUGCAACGCACCGUAUUAUUGUAUUUUUGUAUUUUUGUUUUUGUGGUUUGCACAUGAUUAUGAAAGUGUAUGUAAUUCUGUCCUUGUGAUGCACUUGUCUAUUAAUGUUCUGUGUCUUUUGUGUGGACCCCAGGAAGAGUAGCUGCUGCUUUAGUAGUAGCUAAUGAGGAUCUGAAUAAAAUACCCCGAAAAGUA